AUGUUUCUGAUCGUAGCACUUUUCUUGGUGAUGAAUGCGUCUGCUUUCAACUUGGAAAACAACUACGACUUUAGUUGUACGACCAACUCAAAUCAAGUGACAAAAAGUGCAACUACAUCCUCAGUUGAUGGCUCCUAUUAUAACAUUGGGUUUUCAUCACCCGAUGUCACACUUUGUAUGUGCACAACAUUAAACACAGCACAACAACGUAACGACAAAUGUGAGUUUACUGGACCGUAUUGUAUUCAGACAAUUUUUGGUUCUAUUGAUCAUUACAAAGAAAAUUGUGUUGUGAUAGUAGAUAGAAACUUCAAGUUUUACAUAGAAGGGGAGCAAACAGUAAAAGAUUAUCCGCUCCAAAAUUCCGAUGCAUUAGUUCUAAAAAACAACAUCACAGUGAGCUUAUAUGCGUGGUUUGAAUUUAAAAAUGUUGAACUAAAAGAAAACAGUCAUAUUACAAUUCCAAGUCAUUUUCAUUGUAAUGAAAAAAUGUCAUUCAACAAAGGAAGUCACAUCACCUUUAAUGAGUCAAUUUCUUUAAGAGGAAAAAUAGAAGUUCCUAAUAACUAUGAAUUUAUUUAUCCUUUAAUAACAUCAUGGAUUGCUCCAGAAAAUGUGAUGCACAUCUACCCAACGUUUGGAAUGGUCGAUGGCACUUCAAAUUGUGUUGACGUCGUUUCAAUGCAAAAAGAUGUCAAUGAGUAUGGUGACGAUAUCGCAAAAUAUAUAACUAAAGCAGUAUGGAGUAACACUAAUGGGUUAAACCACCUUUAUAUGAUCAAUGAAAAGUUAAUUCGAUAUUGCCCGAAUGGCUUAAAUAGUGUUGAUUGUAAACAAUUAAAGUGUUAUUUGAAUGGAAACCAGUGGAUGGAUAUAAUUCCUUCAACGAAUUUAUUUGCAUUUACAGCACCACACUGUCCAUGUACAACAUAUGAUGGAUUUACUUGUACUAUUUAUAUCGAAAAUGGUAUUGUCGACUUGUUAUCAAAAGACUUAAACAAUUUAGUUGCACCAAUUAAUACUCAAAUUAGAAAUGGAGGAAGUUACACAAAUAUUGUUGUUAAAAGUGAAGUCACUGCUUUUUCUUUGGCAUCAUAA